AUGUCCAGAUUAGAUAGAUUAGUAGUGCUCCUAGAAACUGGAUCAACGUCAUUUAUCAGAAACACAGCUGCAGAUCAGCUAUCAGACUUGGCUAAAGCUCACCCAGAAGACAUUUUAAACUUACUUGCACGCGUCUACCCGUUCCUCAAGUCACCUAAAUGGGAAACAAGAAUUGCAGCAGCUCGAGCGUUUGGUGGAAUAGUCAACAAUGCACCCGUGUGGGAUCCAAACUCACAACAACAGAUUAAGGAAGAAGUAGAUGCAGAAGAUUUGGUUAAACGCGAAGUUGAAGAUAGUCUACCUUAUGAAUCCAAAGAUUUCAUCAAACAGGAAGCACACGAGGAGGUGAAGAUCAAGAUUGAACAGGAUUUGGAAUUGAACAAACUUGAUGAUUCCAUAUCAAACUUGUUGCUGUUUAGUAACUUCGAUUUAAAUGAAUUGAUCAAGAGCGGAACAACUUUAUUGGCUUCAAAGUCUGACAAUACAUUAAAUAACAGUGAAGAGGUUGACGAGGACGAUAGAACCUUAAUUGGUAGGAUAAAGAGGCAUCGGGCCAGUACUCUACCGAAACCUGAGAAUACACCCGAGUCUGAAUCUGAAGGUGUCGAGUCUGCAAUGCAAAGUAAAAUCAAAACUGAGUCUGACCCAUUGAUUAAGCAAGAACUUGAAAGUGGAGACAAAACGUCUUGUGGUUUAUCUUCUCCAAACCCGUCAAGGCCACCGCUUGACCCCGCGACAAAACCAGUUUCCAGUGCAAGAUUAAAAGCAAUGCAGAAAAGGAGAGCCAAAUUCAACGCCAAGUCAGGUGCAACCAACAAAAUGAACUCCAUCGACUUUUCGCAAAGUUCCAUCUCAAGACAAAUGGUUGAAAGCGGAGAUACAAUGGAUAUCGAUUUUGAAAGUAAUGCCAAUACUACACAACCACAAUUUGAUGUAACUUCCCAACAAGGUGGAGAAAAACUAGUUGUUGAGGCCAAAAUCGAAGAAAUUUCGCCCCUACUUUCAUUGCAUAACAAAGUGGCGGGCUUGAUUUGGCUUUUCCAAGGUGUUUAUGAGUUAUUGUUGGCCGAUUUAUUCGAUGACAAGUGGGAAAUUAGACAUGGAGCAGCAUUGGGUCUUAGGGAAUUGAUUAGAAAGCAUGGGAAGGGGGCAGGACGGAUUAUGAAUAAAACUAAGGAAGAAAAUGAUCACAAUAAUGCCCUGACUUUGGAGGAUUUGGCGGUGCGAUUGUGCAUCUUGUUUGUGCUCGAUAGAUUUGGUGAUUAUGUGUCUGAUACAGUUGUUGCACCAGUUAGAGAGUCCUGUGCCCAAACAUUAGCCGCGCUUUUAAUCCAUUUGGAUGACCUGACUGUUAUCAAGACAUUUGAUUGCUUAUAUACAAUGACAUUACAAGAAGGCAUACCACCUCCAAAGUGUUGGGAAGCCAAGCAUGGAGGCAUGUUGGGGGUUCGUUAUUUGGUGAGUGUACGAACCGAUGUAUUAUUAGGCAAACCCGAAAUGUUUGAUCAGGUAUUGAACUUGGUCCUCCAUGGUCUUCAGGAAAGUGAUGACGAUGUUCAAUCAGUAGCAGCAUUGACUUUGACACCUAUAGCCUCAGAAGUUGUUUCAACCAGAAAGACAGUUAUUCAAUCUUUAUUGGCUGUGAUUUGGGAUUGUUUGGUUAAUUUGAGAGACGAUCUAUCUGCAUCCAUUGGAUCAGUUAUGGAUUUGUUGGCGAAAUUGUGUAGCCACAAGGAAGUUAUUGAUAUAAUACAACUUGAUGCCGCUAAAGAUGAUAGUUAUUCGUUCAAACACUUGGCACCUAGAUUAUACCCCUUUUUAAGACACUCCAUCACAAAUGUGCGAAAAGCGGCCCUACGAACAAUAUUAGAAUUCCUAUCGAUAACCGAAGACAAUAUUACACCUACCUGGAUUGACGCCAAGACGCUUAGACUUGUUUUCCAAAACUUAUUGGUGGAGCAGAACCCCGAUGUCUUGCAGUUAUCAAUUACGGUUUAUAACAAGUUGUUGGAAGAGGUUGACAAGUACUCGAUGGAUUUGAAGAGCUUAUUUGUGUCCCAGGCACUGGAUUUAUUGACCUUGACAAUGACACCCAUUGGAAUAGCAAGAACCAAUUACCAGAUGGACACUGCGUUGAUAAUGAGACCAUCAGGCCAAAUGGUUGGUUCUUUGGAUAAUGACGAGUCUCGCCACGGCAAGAAGCGCAGCAGAUUACAAUCACAGAAUCAAGGAGCCAUUCAUGAAGCUAGUGCUAUUCCCAUAGAGGACUUGAAAAUCAAUAUUGACGCACCUAUGUACAAGGGGGAUGUUAUGCUUGUUGGAUUUGAAAAAAUGAUUGCUACUCGAUGUGCUGGAGCCAGCGCCAUUGGUAAAACUUUAGCCUUGAUCAAAGAUCAGAGUAUAUUGGGUCAAACACUUCAACUUUUGGCUUCUUAUUUGAACUCGCCUUACGGCACGUCACGGUUGUUGAGUGCAUUUGUUGUUGAAGAAUUUGCUACGGCAGUAAGACAACAAGAUCGAAAUCCUGAAGAUUAUGCAAGUGCAAUUUUUGCAGAAACUUUACUGAAAAUGCUCCAAGAUACAAGCGCACUUUCAAAUAUGCGUGAAUUGAUACCGUCACUCAAAGCCGUGCGAACAUCUUGUCUACAAUUGUUUGACUCAUUUGUGUCAACUGCGAGAUUAUCACCUUCGAAAAUACCACAGAUUCCCAUCCUUGUACAAGGCGAGGCUGAUGCGGGUCCAAAUGCAUUCACGCUAGAAAGUGCAGAGAAAAUUACCGGUGAGAUUUUUGAAAAGUUGAAAAAGAGUUUGUCAAGUAGUCAUCGUUUGGCAGCGAAUCAAGUUCUAGAGGAUGCCAAACACAGAGUCACACUCGCAAUUGAUGACUGCAGAAGUUUGAUUGGUUCCAAAACUACUGCAAUUUUGGCAUCGUAUGCCGGUGCCACUUUGGCAUUACUGGGUAUUCCCAAAAAGUUAAACCCGAUCAUCAAGUCUUUAAUGGAGAGCAUCAAAUUGGAGGAUUCACUUGUUUUGCAAAAGAAAUCAGUUUCUUCAGUCGCAAAUUUGAUUCGUCAAUUGAAUGACACGGGCAAGAAAAGUGUUGCCGAUAAAAUCAUCAAGAACUUGUGUGCAUUCCUCUGUGUUGAUACUGCUGAAGUGCCUGAAUUUCGUCACAAUGUUGGAUUCAAGACAAAUAUACUAUCAUUGAGGAAAGAAGAAGGUGCUGUCGAUCAUGCGGAUGCUGCUGCACAUGAACGAGCAGUUCACGAAGCGAGAAUCAAGCGCCGGGGUGCGUUGUUGCUGCUCGAGGAGAUUAUAUUAAUGUACAAGGAAAACCUAUUUGUCAAAGUGCCCAAAUUGAAAGAAUUGAUGGUCGCACCUUUGAAGGAGUUGGCAACCACGAGCAGCGAUGAGAUUGUCAAAGAUGAACUCAAGGGACAGGGCAUAAUUGAUGCGUUGGGUAUACUAAAAGCAUUGUUGCCCAAAAUCGAUAAAUCUUUACAUUUGGAAAUUACUGACCAUUUGGAUCUUUUAUUGCCUGGGUUGAAGUCUGAAUAUUCAGUUUUCCGUUAUUCGACAGCUAAAUGUUUUGCCACUAUUUGUUCAGUUGCUCCAACUAAAGCAUUCACAUUCUUGGUGAAUUCGAUUUUGCCAAUGUUGAAAAAUGCUGGAAGUGUUAUUGAAAGACAGGGAGCCAUCGAGACGAUUUAUCAUAUUUCUGCUGUGAUGGGUGCUAGCAUUUUGCCGUAUGUGAUGUUUUUGAUUGUGCCAGUCUUGGGAAGAAUGAGUGAUUCAGAUCAUGAUGUACGAGUCUUGGCUACAACCACUUUUGCUUCAAUUAUCAAGUUGGUGCCCUUAGAGGCUGGUAUUCCAGACCCUGAGGAUAUGCCGCAAGAAUUGUUGGAAGGUAGGGAACGAGAACGAGAUUUCAUAUCUCAAAUGAUGGAUCCGACAAAGAUCAAGCCCUUUGAUCUACCAGUUUCAAUCAAGGCAACUUUGCGUAAGUAUCAACAAGAAGGUGUCAACUGGUUGGCAUUUUUGAACAAGUAUCAUUUGCAUGGAAUAUUGUGUGAUGAUAUGGGGUUGGGUAAGACGUUACAAACGAUAUGUAUUAUCUCCUCAGACCAUCAUAUCAGAGCUGAAAAGUAUGUCGAGACUGGCGCUGUUGAGUAUAGGAGAUUGCCAUCUUUGGUGGUUUGUCCUCCCUCGUUAACCGGACAUUGGGAGCAAGAGAUCAAUCAAUAUGCCCCGUUUAUGAAGGUGUUGGUGUAUGCGGGAAACCCAAGCAUUAGAACACCGUUGAGAAACCAGUUGCCACAUGUGGACGUUGUUGUGACGUCGUAUGAUGUUUCAAGAAAUGAUGUCGAAUUUUUGAGCUCAAUAGAUUACAACUAUUGUGUGUUGGAUGAGGGUCAUAUCAUCAAGAAUGCAAAUUCCAAACUUUCCAAAUCGGUGAAACGAAUCAAAGCCGAGCAUAGAUUAAUCUUAUCCGGUACGCCAAUCCAAAACAACGUCUUGGAACUAUGGUCAUUGUUUGAUUUCUUGAUGCCUGGAUUCUUGGGUACGGAAAAAGUGUUUCAUGAAAAAUUUGCCAAACCAAUUGCAGCAAGCAGGAACAGUAAGACCUCAUCUAAGGAGCAAGAAGCUGGUGCAUUAGCACUUGAGUCCUUACACAAGCAGGUAUUGCCAUUUAUGUUGCGUCGUCUAAAAGAAGACGUUCUUUCUGAUUUGCCACCAAAAAUCAUUCAGGAUUAUUACUGUGAAUUGAGUGAUUUACAAAAGAAGUUGUACAAGGAUUUCGCCAAGAAUGAAAAGGAUAGUAUCAAGAAUGAUGUAUCGUCGUCUGAGAAAGAAGGCAAAACGCACGUUUUCCAAGCAUUGCAAUACAUGAGGAAAUUGUGUAACCAUCCAGCAUUGGUUGUAUCACCAAACCAUCCAAAACACAUUGAAGUUGAACAAUUUCUCAUGGCAAGAAAGUCUCAAUUGAGAGAUAUAGAGCACUCUCCAAAAUUGCAGUCCUUGAGAACAUUAUUACUAGAGUGUGGGAUCGGAAUCCAAGAUUCAGAUUAUGGAAAGUCAAGGUACAAAAAGACUAAUGAUGCACUUAUGCCUCUCGAAGGUGUCAUAUCGGAACACCGUGCAUUGAUUUUCUGUCAAUUGAAGGAUAUGUUGGAUAUCGUUGAAAAUGAUUUAUUGAAAAAGUAUCUCCCAUCGGUGUCGUAUAUGAGGUUGGAUGGUAGUACCGAUCCAAGAAAUCGUCAAGCAAUUGUGCGAAAGUUCAAUGACGACCCAUCAAUUGAUGUAUUGCUUUUGACAACCAAAGUGGGUGGGUUGGGGUUGAAUUUGACGGGUGCUGAUACUGUUAUUUUUGUUGAACACGAUUGGAAUCCAAUGAAUGAUUUGCAAGCCAUGGAUAGAGCACAUCGUUUGGGACAGAAAAAGGUUGUCAAUGUUUAUCGUUUGAUCACUAAGGAUACCCUUGAAGAAAAGAUUAUGGGAUUGCAGAAAUUCAAGAUGAAUAUUGCCUCUACUAUCGUGAACCAGCAAAAUGCCGGACUACAGUCGAUGGAUACUAAUCAAUUGUUGGAUUUGUUUGAUGUUGAAGACGGAGGGGCCAAGAUUGAGGAAGGUGGCGAUAAUGUUGACGAAAAUGGAGCCAAUGGAAAUGGAGGUGGAAGUAAUUUGAAUAAUGGCGGUAAUAAUGUCACAGAGGAGCUUACAGGUGGCUUGACAGGUAAAGCUGCAGGUGCUGUUGGCGAAUUGGCUGAAUUGUGGGAUGAGCAACAAUAUGAGGACGAGUAUAAUCUUGACAAUUUCAUCAAGACAUUGAAGUGA